GUGUGGGAAGAAUUUAUGGCGCCUUAUCGAAGACGGAAUUUGGUGGAUAGUCGGCGGCGCGGGCCCGUUCACGCUCUGGCACUUGUACCGCGCCGCUUAUCUGUUAUAUAAACAGCACAAUAAGAGGCAAAUUGCUUCUCGCUCCGUAAUCACCGGAAUCUGCCACCUAUGAUCUCACUCAUUGUUCUGCCCCGGGGAGGUGGCACUCCGCCAGCCUGAAUAGUUCCAGGACAUCAGAGAGAUACAGUGUGUGCCAGAAUGUAACAUCAUGCAGCAAAUCUAUCAGAAACAUACGGAGUGCGUAGAACAUCCGGACUACAACAACCAGACCACAGCAUGUCCUCGAACUUGGGAUAAUAUCACCUGUUGGCCGGCCGCAGAAGAAGGACAGCUGGUGGUGCUUCAAUGCCCGGAAUACUUCAGUUUAUUUUCUUCAGGGAAAGUUACCGGAAAUGUCUCCAAAUACUGCUCGAGUGACGGCUGGUCCGAAACGUCUCCGUCUUAUAUCGUUGCCUGUGAAUUCUUCAGCAAUGACACCCGGACAGAUAUGAAGUCUUUUUACGCCAUUGUUCAGACUGGAUAUACCAUUGGACACAGCUUAUCCUUAAUCUCGCUGACCGGGGCCAUGAUCAUUCUCUGCCUCUUCAGAAAGCUCCACUGCACAAGGAACUACAUCCAUAUGCAUCUCUUCAUGUCGUUCAUCAUGAGGGCCAUCGCCGUGUUCAUCAAGGACAUUGUACUUUUCGAGAGAGGGGAGUCCGAUCACUGCACUCCGGGAUCGGCUGGAUGUAAAGUGGCCAUUGUGUUCUUCCAGUACUGCAUCAUGGCCAACUUCUUCUGGCUGCUGGUUGAGGGCCUCUACCUUCUUACGCUCUUGGUUAUCUCUUUCUUCUCGGAAAGGAAGUAUUUCUGGUGGUACAUCUUGAUCGGAUGGGGAGCCCCGACCGUAUUCAUCACCGCAUGGACGUUCACCAGGAUAUAUUAUGAUGACAGUGGGUGUUGGGACACGAUAGAAUCCCCGGAGUGGUGGUGGAUCAUCAGAGGUCCCAUUUUGGCCUCCAUCUCGGUCAAUUUUAUACUUUUCAUCUGCAUCAUCAGAAUUCUGGUGCAAAAAUUACACUCGCCCGACGUGGGACGAAACGAAAACAGCCAAUAUACGAGACUGGCCAAGUCGACUCUUCUGCUCAUCCCCCUCUUCGGGAUCCACUAUAUCGUCUUCGCCUUUUUCCCAGACAACUAUAAGGUGGAGGUCAAAAUGGUCUUCGAGCUUAUUCUUGGCUCCUUCCAGGGUUUCGUGGUGGCGAUUCUGUAUUGUUUCCUGAAUGGAGAGGUUCAAGCAGAGCUAAAACGUAAAUGGAGAAGAUGGCAUCUGGAGAGGUGCCCAGGAAAGGACAUGAAAUAUCACCACCCUUCACUGGGCAGCAACGGGACCAACUUCAGCACCCAGAUCUCCAUGUUGACCAAAUGCAGCCCGAAGACUCGGCGGAGUUCCGCGUUCCAGGCGGAAUUUUCUUCAGUCUGAUGGCGGCGGGGGGGAAAAAAAGGACGAGUCUGAAAAUUUUCAAGGCAAGACAUUUGGUUUUCUUUUCCAAUGAAAAUGGAUUCAGCUCGAAGACGAAACUUUUUGUGGAAUUGCACUUUAUAGGGUUUACAGAAUAAAAAAAAAACUCAAAAACCUUUCACGGAACCUUGUGGACCAUUACAAACUUGGAAACAAGACUUGGGAGCUUUCGCGGCUUCACACUGGAAUGUCUUAUAAAAGAAAAAAAAAUCUUUUUUUUAAGAGAGAGUCUUUAAAAAAAUAAGAGAGUGUAAAAAAAUGGAAAUUUCAACGACAAAAAAUAUCUAAACAAAAAGUUUUUAAAUAUAUAUAUAUAUAUAUAUAAAUAUAAAUAUUUAUUUAAUCUUCGAGUGGGAAAAGACUAAAGCAGACGACGUCGCAUCA